AUGCGGGAAGAACAGCUCAUCACCGGAGCUCCAAACAGCUCCCCAUAUGUUCUGGCAGACGGCUACGUUGGCACCUUCAGAUUCACGGCGUAUGCUUGCGGAUCAUCGAUCGUGUUCCUGUCGCCGGAUUUCGCGCACAUCCAGUCUGUGCGACGACCAAGCAACCCAAACGACAUUGUGUGCAUCGACUGCUCCCCACUCGACGGCAAAUUGGCGGUGUCGCACGGAAACGAGGUUGUUGUGUACAAACCACACGCAGCCGCAACAGACAGCUCCACGCCUACCGAGCUCGCGACGCUGCAAUGGCGGGAGCACGUGGUCAUCCAGUUUGACACGCACAAUGUGAUGAGCCUGUCGUGGGAUUCGCGCGGCGGGCGCCUGCUCACCGGCGGCGACCACAUCACGCUGUGGUGCGACAUGGCGCUGGUGGAUGAUGCGUACACGGCGGCGGAGUGCAAUGCAGACAUCGUCAAGGGUCGCCUCGUUCCGCUCUGGAUCAAAGCAACAGCCACACCAGUGCACCACCUGCACUUCUCCCCAGAUGGGACGUUCUUCGUCUCUGCGGGCCCACACGACCGCCUGCCAAAGCUGUGGUAUCCGCGACACAAGCGGCGGCGCGCGCGUGACAGCAGCAGCCCGCCACCAACAUAUCCGCUGUUUGACUUCAUCUACCUGCCGCACCCACGCGCCGUCACCUCCCUCUCAUGGCGAGCAGAGCGCCCAAACGCAAGGAAUGCGUUGCUGACGUCGUGUGCGGACAACAUGUGUCGCAUUUGGACGGAGACCUCCGCCUACGAAGAGCUCGGCUUCUUCUGCGCAUACACGAUUCCACCUGACUUUCCGGAGUCGCAAGCAAACUCCGUGCAGCUUCCGUUUGUCCUCCACUGGCUCAACUUCAGGAGCUUCACCAACCCGGCCGAGCGCGCGUGGACAACAACAGCCAGCGCCGUGUCGUCGGAACUUGCGCCAACAGCAACAGCAUCCGUCGCCACAGCCGGCACCACCAACCCCACGCACCACCACGACCACGACCACGACCACGCCUACGGCGACGACGUUACCGCUGGUCAUGGUGGUGGCAAUGAUGGUGGUGGCAAUGGUAUGCGUGCGACCUCUGAUCAGGCGUCACUGCGGACGGGGGUUGAGCCUGAUGCGUCACGCGAUAUCGUCGGCCUCAACGUCACAUCACGCAGCAGGCGCGGCAUGAACAGCAGUCUUGGUCGCAGCCUGUCUGCACAGCCGAGCAGCACCGCCCUCAACACCCUGGGACGCACACGCGCGGACACCCCAUCCACGCAGCAGGGGCAGCACAGGGGCGAUGUGUUUGCGCCCCAGUUGCCGCGGAAAGGGCGCCACAAAGCGCCCAAGACCCUCGCUGGCCGCCGCAUCCUCCCUCGCAUUCGCGCAUACGACGCAGCGCCGCCCGAGCUUGUGUUCUACGUGCGCGCUGACGGCUCGCUCGCCUUCUGGUGCGUGGACGGCCUCGAUCAAAGCCCAAGGGUGCACCUGGUUGUCAAGUCGCUGUCCCGGAGCCCGCCCGUGAUUCCGCUGUCGGACGCCAUCUCCCCCUGCUACCGCGUCCUCGUCCACUUCCCCGACAUGCAUGGCGCAUCGCGUGAGGUUAUGGCAAGGCGUGCCGAGCAGUUCCGGCGCCUGGCCACCACCAUUCGCGCGCCGACGUCCUCCCGCACCAGUGCUGCGUGUGGCAGCGGUGACGGCGAUGACGACGAUGGCGAGGUUGACUCGUUCCCCAUCAUGCUUGAGCUGCACCACUCCUCUGGUGUGCUGGCCAAGUGGCAGGUGUCGUUUGACCCCGGGUCGGCGCUCUCGUCCGUGUCCACGGUGGAGUGUCUUGCGAGGUGCGCGGGCCACACUGCUGACGUCGGUGCCGUUGUUGCCCACCCGACACUGCCCUGUGCUCUCUCCCUAGCCACGCACCACGGCCGCACACAGAUGGUUCUCUGGAAGGCCAACGACAUGGGCGUGAUACCAGAGACCGCUCGGGCGAGCGGCUUGCUGCAGCUGGCACGACUCGAUGUCCCCAGCACCAGCGCGCCUGUCAAGGCCGCGUUCGUCCCAUCAACACACGCCGUGGCGUGGGUGGUGCAGACGGCACGCGGGCUGGAGCUGUUUGCCCUCGACUGCCAGGCCACGCGCAGCAGGAUGACAGCGCCGAAACACCAGGACAAAGUCGUGCAUCGUGUCGUGCCCUGUGGUGUGCUUGUGCCACUGCAGUCGCAGGACAACACGCCAUCGUUGCCAUCGUCACCAUCAUCAUCAUCCUCAUCCUCAUCAUCGUGUACGUUUGCCGUGUCUCAACUCCGCUCGAGCGACAGCGGUGAGGCGUCUUUCCUCCUCGCCAUGACAGCUCCAACCACUUCUGCCAAUGUCGGCAUCACCAUCUCAGAGCAGCAGCAGCAGCAGCAGCAGCAGCAGCAGCAGCAGCAGCAGCAGCAUGUACAGCUGUACUGCGUGUCAUAUCACUGCUCGCCCGUGCGGACCAAGCGGGCCGUGUUUCCGCAGCACCGCCUGUCCAUGCCCGGCAGCAUCCUGCUCGUCACGCCACCGACGCGCGUGUGUGUACAGCGGCUCAUGCCGGGUAUCACGGACGCGUGUGCCGCUGAUACGACCCACCUGCUCUCGCUCUCACGCCACGACGUGCUUGACCUUCGACUCGAUGCGCCGUGGUCAGCCGUGUACGUUGGCGGCAUCACAGCAGCAAACACCUUCUGGACAGCGCGCAUUGCACACAGCCCAGACAUGCGCACGCACAGCACUGGUUGUAGCGAUGGUGGCGAUGGUGGCGAUGGUGACGAGGUGCCUGCGUUCCCUGACGCCAGCGUGAGUGUCACCAUGUUGCCUGGAUUGGCGCUGAGCAACACGCUGCCGUGCAAUCGCGGCGCCACCGCCGCGGCCUUCAGCUCGCUUGGGCGGCUUGCUGCUCCCAUGCCAACGCCAGCAACCGAUGGCACAGCCACCACAGCAGCCACCGCCACGAAUGAUGGUGACGAUGGCAACGGUGGCGAUGGCAAUGGCGAUGGGGAUGUGUUUGGCGACGCGUCGUUGUCGUUCCAUGUGCAGGACACCUUCUCUGUUGGCGUGUGGGAGGCCCUGAGCGACCACGGCCGCUGGCGGCUCGAGUCGUGCCUCACCUUCCACAGCCAAGUGCGGCACGUGGCGUGGUGCUCCACCUCCCGCGCCAACGACCUGCUCACCGUGUCCACAACCGACGCCGUGCACGUGCUGUCCCAGACGAGCAGCAGCGUGGAUGGCGCGUGGGUGGAGGUGGCACGCGUGCCCAUGACCAGGACACCCACCUCCAUUGCAAUGCUCCCCCGCGGCGUGCUGCUCACGGCAUAUGGCACGCGCAUCACCGUUCACUCCAGCUGGUCCGUUGCAGACACGGACACGGACGUGGCAUACGUGCACGUCAGAGGGAACGCAUCACACACAUCCGCAGCAGCAGCCAGUACACGCACUGGCCACGAACGCUCCCUCCUUCCCUGCAUCUUCCAGCGGGCCAACGAGCACAACCGCACCCUGCCGCCCCACCACCCAAGCGUGCUGCAGCACAUGCUGUGUCUUCCCAGCGGUGAGGAUGCAGCAGGUGCUGUGCUGUCAAAGGUGGCGGCUGCACUCGCCACGCUCAAGACGUCCGCUGAAGAGGCCAUGUCCUACAUCUAUGACGAUACCGCCACACGCCGCUUCCACGAGACGCGAAAGAAGGAAGGUCUGCCGUGCGUGGAUGUGGGCGCCAUCCCCCUGCCAGAGCUCGCACGCUUGCUCGGUGUGUCCAGCGAUGGCUCGGGAAGCAACACCGCCAGCACAACCGCAAACGGCAGCAGCAGCAGCAGCACGACAACGAACAGCACGGCGGCCACGACAGCUGCUGCGGGGCUGUUUGGCGCGGGAGCGGCCCAGACCAAGGCAGACAAGUCGCUUCUGUUCUCCUCUGCAACAGCGGACGGCAGCACGGCGCUAGGCGAUGUGGACGCUGCGACGCUGCUGACCAGUCCAGCCCAGCUGGCCGCCCUGACGAAAUCGCUCUCACGCGUGCGCCUGGCCGGGCUGACUGACGAGGAGACGUACGCACUGCGUGGCCUGCUGUCUGCGGCGCAGGAACUGAAUGCACGACGCACCUCGCUCGACGCGUGCGGGCUUCGGUUUGUCGUCAGCCUGUCCCUGUUCCGUGCACAGUGCGAGCUGGCUGCUGGCAAGUCGUCCAACGCAGCACAUGGCACUUCCUCCUACUUUGGCAGCCGAGGGACCAGUACAGGUGGCGACAAGGGAAGCGGCGACGGCACCAACGGCAACACCACCACCACCACCACCACGAUGCACGCCAAAGAUUUCGUGUGGGCGCUGCAUUCUGAAGCGCAAGACGUGCUGCUCGAGGUCGUGGCACCAGCAGUCCCACCAGGCGGUGGCGGUGGUGGCGAUGGCCAGGGUGCGCUGACUUGGGCUGCCCUGCGCGCUGUUGGCUUUGGCUGGUGGGUGACCUCCAUCACGCUGUUGAAGAAGACAAUCGAGCGGGUGAUGAAGGGCGCGUACAAGCGCGACUCAACGAGUCUGCUGGACGUGGCGCUGUUCUACGUUGCCCUGGGCAAGACAACGCUGCUUGCCGGGCUGUUCAAAGUUGCCGGCGAUGAUCGCAUGAACGGGUUUUUCCGGCACGACUUUAAGCAGGAGAGGUGGCGCACGGCUGCGCUGAAGAACGCCUAUGCGCUGCUGAGCAAACAGCGGUUCCUGCAUGCUGCCGCCUUCUUCCUGCUUGGUGGGGAUCUGGACGGCGCGCUGAACGUGCUGGUGAAGAGUCUUCGUGAUCCCCAGCUUGCCCUCACCAUCUGCCGCCUGUGCGAGGACAGCCGUGUCGGCAUUGCAACCCCAGGCAGCAAAAGUGACAACAACAACAGCAGCAGCAACACUACCACCACCAUCAAUGGUGGUGAUGGUGGCCAGGGUGGCGACGGCGAAGACACGAUGACGCCUUUGCAGAAGCUGCUGCGAGAGCGCCUGCUGCCCAUGUUUGAGGCAGCGGGCGACAUGUUUGGCCGGCACAUUGCACUGUGGCACCUGCGCGACUACACGGGCGCUGUGGACGUGCUGCUGAACCACCGACCCGAGCCUGCGCUGUCGCUUGAUGACGAUGCUGCUGCCGGUGCGAGCAGCAAGGCAUCGACAUCGCAUUCGCGACUGGCGAGCACAAGCAGCGUGCGCACAACAGCGAGCGAAGGGAGGGGCGGCUACAGCAGCGGCAGCAACAGCAGGAGCGCAGCGGGCCAGGGAGACACCACCACCAACCACUCGCUCACGUACCCUGCCGCUGUCACCGCAUACACGCUGGCGCGACAGCUGAUGGAGCACUCGCAAGUGCGAGGGAAGCGCACGCUGCGCGCACACAUGUUCCUGAGUGCCGCGUAUGCAUACGCGCAGACGGGGCAGCCGCUGUUUGCCCUAACGGUGCUGCAGGAAAUGGACGCACACCUUCAGACCAUCACACCAGCAUCAGCGAGUGGUGGUGGCGGCGAUGGUGAUGGUGGUGACGGUGGCGGUGCUGGGGCCACUGUUGCUGAACCUGCGCAGCCCAAGAUGGACAUGCAAGACAUGAUCAACUCUGGCACGUUUGAUUUCGGCGCGUUUUCCUUUGGAGACGACGACGAUGACUUUGGUGGCGGGUUUGGCGAUCCAGGGAUGGCAACGGCAACGGAGAGCAGCACUGAGGCAGACACGGGGACGGCCAGAGACGCAGAUGGUGGUGCCACGGCGUCCGGUGGUGCUGACGGUGUGAGUGAGGAUGUGCGGGCUGUUGAAGGCGAUGUGUUUGAGGCGACGCUGCUGUGGCGCGUGGAGCUGGGCAGCGCCAUCAUCAGCAGCGGGCUGGCGAGCUGGCUCGAUGCCACCAGCGACAGCAACAGCAACAGCAACGAUGACGGUGACGGUAACCAUGGCCAUGGAGGUGCAGCUGGCGAUCAACACGACGCAAGCAGCGUUGUUGAGACAGGAGAGGCAAGCACUGCCGACAGCACCAACAGCAGCGAGGGCGAUGGUCAUUGUAACGUGACGUGGCAGAUGUCGGGCGCUCUCCUGCGCAAAACCGUUGAGGUCUUGCAAUGUCUUGGGCUCUCAGCAGCGUCAACAACAACAGCAGCAGCAGAAGCAACGUCAACAACGUCAACAACAGCAACAACAGCAGCAGAAGCAGCAACGGGAUCGGUUACAGAUGCAAACGCUGCCGCUGCUGCCGCGGACAGGGCGUUGGCGCGUGCGUUUGAGUUUGCUGUGCUACAGCGGUCUGUACUGGGCACAUUCACCACAUACAACCUGGUGGAGUGCAUGCACUGCCUCGUUGGCCUUGAGCCUGCACUGGUGCCUCGCCUGCUGGACCACAUGUCACAGCAGCUGUUCCACUUCCUCACGCAGCGCCUCACGGAAGGCACCGGUGGGCUGGAGCCCAUACACAUGCGCUCGUGCCGCGUGCUGGCCGACGGUGUUGCGCGCGGCAUGUGGCAGAUUGCUGCGAGCGAGCGCCCGCCCGCGUGCUUUGUCACGCCAGAGCAGCUGGUGGAGUGGGUGGUGAGUGUGUACGGUGUGCUGGUGAUGCUGGCGUGGGACGAGCGAAACCUGUCGUUGCUUGUACCUGCAGUGCAGCACGCGCUGCCAACGGCCCUGUACCGUGCCAUCUUUGGUGUCGACAUUGACAGCGCGGCGCAGGCGGCAUCCGUGCUGAGCAAACCCCCGCCCGUGCUGCCGGCGACCGCGCACACGCUUGCGGAAUACACGCUGCACCCGGUCAACGAGGAGCAAUUCCGCACGCUGGACGGCCUGAGCGAUCUGGAUCAGGUGGAGGUGGGGCGGGCAGAGCGCGACACGGUGGCCAUGGACGCGUCGUGGCGAUACCGCUGGCGGCUGGUGGAGCUGCUGCUGUACGGCCUGAUGGAGGUGACGGUGUUUGAGCACGUGUCCUCCGCCGGCAUUGAUGUGCAGGAGCUUGGGCGCGCCUCAAGCAACGUGUUUGCCGUGCUGCGUGGCAUUGCGCAACAGCGGCAGCAGCUGUGCGCCGACCUGCACACUUCGCCCGUGCCCAGCGAGUUUGCAGAGCUGCUGAUUCGCCCGCCCGGUGCGCACCCGGCAAGCAGCGUGUUCCGCGUGCGGCAGCUGCUGCAAGACACGUCAAACCCGUUUAGCGGCCUGGAUGCGCGGCGGCUGUGGUCGGUGCUGCUGGCGCACCCGCCCUUGCUGCAGUACGUCGAGCACCUCGUGCGCGGGAACAUGGAGCUGCAGCAGGCAGCGGCAGUGGCAGCAGUGGCGACAGCGGACGCAGCUGCCACUGCGUCAUCGUCGUCUUCAGCAGCUGCUGCAGUAACGAAGGCUGGCGGUGAGAGUGACACAGCAGGCGGCAGUGAUGAUGCUGCUGCUGCGAUAACCAAAGCAGCGGCGGCGGCGACAACAAGCGAAGAUGGCGGCAUUGCGUGGGAGACGCUGUGCCACUUCCCCAGCGACGUGGCCUGUCUGCGUGUGAUGCGCACGGGCACGAUGCUUGUGGCCACCAGCAAGGACACGUAUGAGUUUUCCAGCAUCCAAGACCUCUAUCCCGAGAUGGCUGCCGGCGCUGGCGGUGGCGGUGCGACCCGCAAUCAACACCAUCACCACCACCAUCACCACCAUCAGCACGGCGGUGUGACGCAUGCGCCCUGCUGUAGCGGUCCCCUGCGUACCGUGCCAGCGCCGCUGCUGUCCAGCAUCAGCCCGGACGCGUCGCCAACGUCGCUCGCGUCCCCGCACACCCCGCUCACCUCCGCCACUGUCACGCAACUGGAGACGCCUAGCGGCCCGCUACCUGUUGAGCCGCGGCCGUGGCGGGCAAAGCUCAUCGCGCCACACCCCAAGUUCAAGGCGUAUGUUGUGCAGGGCGACUCGCCGCACGAGCUGCUGGCACUGAAGGUUGGCGAUGAUUACGUGCUUGGGCGGUACAUUGUUCCCAAGGACAUUCGCGUGGCGUUUAUUGGCUUUGAUCCGCUGGGCUCGCGGCUGUUUGCUGCAUCCAGCGAGGGGUUUGUGUGCUUCUGGCACUUUCGUCCAGCCGUGAAGAAGGACCACUUUCGCCGCGUGUAUGUGUCCUCGCACAAGAUUGACGCAAUCGCAAUGGCGGCACCGUCGGUGUUUGCGUACAGCAGCGACACGCGGCUGCAGGUGCUUGACAUGCUGCUGCUCUCGUCCAGGCCCGUCGUGUACGAGACGAAGUCGCCCGAUGACGGCAGCAUCAAGGCCCUCCACCACAGCCUCGAGCAGCACACGCUGUUCUGCGCUACGAGCCGUGGGUCCGUGUUCCUGGUGGACCUGGAUGUGUAUCAGCGCAUCAAGACCAUCAACCUCUUCGACAGCAGCGUGCGUGCGCUCGCCCCGCUCGUGGGCACGUUCAUGCUCGCUGUGGCCUCAGACCUGACCAUCAAGGUGUUUGAUGUCUCGGAGCGCCACGCGUCCAAGACCGUGGCCAAGCUUCCGUCGCGGGCAAAGGUGUUUUCCACGCCAGCCAUCAGCAUCACCAGCGUGCCUGGUCGCGUCUUUGUCGCCAACAACGACGCCCUUCUCACGUGCACCACAGCGCAGGUGCUGGGGCUGCUGUAG